AUGGAGAUAAUUGAUUUGGAGCUUCAGAAGCUGCAUUCUGCUUGCAAGGAGUGGGGUGGUUUUUUCCAGCUGAUUAAUCAUGGAGUUAGCUCUUCAUUGCUGGAGAAAUUGAAAUCAGAAGUUCAAGAUUUUUUCAAUCUGCCGAUGGUUGAAAAGAACAAAUAUGGUCAAGAACCAGGAGAUGUAGAAGGAUAUGGGCAAGCCUUUGUCAAAUCAAAGGAGCAAAAGCUUGACUGGGCUGACAUGUUAUACAUGAUCACUCAACCAGAAGAUUUAAGAAAACCUCAUUUGUUCCCUAAGCUGCCUCUUCCUCUAAGGGAAAGUCUUCAAGAGUACUCUAUAGAGCUCAAAAGGCUUGCCUUGAAGAUUCUCAGCCUAAUAGCAAAAGCAUUAGGAAUGAAGCAUGAAGAAUUGAAGUGCUUUUAG